AUGGACAAAGCCAAUUUCUCAGAAGCUACAACUUCUAAGCAACCAAAAGAUUUGCCUUAUGAUGGGGAUUUCUCCCAAACUAAGAUAUACAAUGAUUAUAAUUUUACCUCAAAAAAUGACAUCCUUGAUGUCUCAAAUCAAAUUAGUUUAACAGUAGAUGACCCUCAAGGAAAGGCUACAUAUAAAGGGACUUGCAGAAAUGCAGACAUAAUCAUGACUCUGGGUAAAAUGACUAAAACUGUUAUCAACAAAAACCAUGAUACAGAGAAGCAAUCUAUCACAAAUCUUGACAUUCUGACUAAUGAAAGAGACCCUUCAAAGUCAAACAUUUCUGAUAUUUUACUCCAUCACCUUUCCAAUGAGGAAUUCUUAAAAGGUCAAGGCAUUAACUGUGAAACUCUCCCAGAGAUUGCUGAUGCUGACAGUUCUGAUGAAGCUAUUAUUAAAAACAUUAUUUUGUGCCAUGUUAAGAAUUCUUGGCCAAAAGAACAAACCCCAGAACUCACAGACCAACUGAGCCCCAAAAGGGAUGGUGAACACAGCAAUGUGCCCUGUUGUUCUCUAACUAUGACAGAAGAAAACACCUCUGAUAUACAGGCUGCUGGAGAGAGCAGCCAUCAAGAAACUUUAAAUUUUCUAACUAAAAUCAGGAGUCCACAUGAUAAACCAAAAAGUUGCCAAGGGCAGCCACCCCAGAAACUGCAGACUGAAAAAGCAGUUUCAGGCAAUGGGUUCAAACAUGGCCAUGGUCAGGUUCUUUACCAGCUAUCUGAUUUCUCUAAGGUUGCACCCAAAGUGAAAAACCCUAAAAACAACAUAAUUAAUAAACCCCUUACAAUAGAUAAACAAGCCAGCUUUUCUCCUAAAUUGAGAGAUAAGUCAGUUAUUGUACAAGAUAUUUUAGAAAGCAUGUCUAGGUCAAACUGUAUUGAAAAACAAGAACAGAAAAGGAAAAGUGCUGAAUCUUCACAACAGGUAGAGAUGGAACCCACAAUACAUAUUCACCAAGAAUAUCUCACAGGAAUAGAAUCUGAGGCCAGUCUCUUUAAGGUGUCAUCAACCUCUCAGAAAGACCCUUCCCCAAGUUCUUCGUACAUAUUUCAAAAGAUAACCCGAGGGAAACAGAUGUGCCAGAAGUUAAAAGAACAGACUGAUCAACUGAAGAUUAAAGUACAAGAAUUUUCCAAAAGCAUAGCACAGGAUGCUCCCUAUCAUUUGCAAGACAAGAAACUGGUCCUGGAGAAGCUACAGGGACACCUUGAACUGCUGGAGCAGGAGUUUCUGGACAACAAGGAGAAGCAUCUGACUUUGAAGCAGGUUCACAGGCAUGAAUCCCCAGCUGUCGGUGACUUUGAUCCAGAAAGAGAAGUGGAAGGUGAAAUCUUCAAGUUGGAGAUGCUACUUGAAGAUGUUAAAGAGAAAAUUAAUAAGGGCAAAUGUACGUCAGCCGUCUCUCUUCCCGUGAGUUCUCCAAUCAUCCCGGAUGACUUGGCAUCCACAACCUCUCCACCCUCAAAUGAGAGACACUCGCCUGAGGUAUCUGCUCUAGAUCAGGCCUUCUGCAACUGCAGUGUGCCUUGGAAUCGUGUGCAAGUCUUACUGUACAAAGGCUUUGAUUCAGUGGGUCUGAGCCGGCCCCCCCAGAUAGGCCCCCCCCAGCCAGGCCGCCCCCUCCCAGCCAGGCGGUCCCCCCCCGUGGCCGCCCCCACAGUGGCCGCCCCCCGCCAGGCCCGAGCGCGCAGCCAGGAGGUUGGAGCAAGGAGUCAGUCGGCAGGCCCAGGGUGCGGGCGGCAGGCCCGAGGACCCUCCCGGCCCCGGCCCCGUCCCGGGCCUCGUCCCCGGCCCCGUCUCCGUCCCCGUCCCCGGCCCCGGCCCCAUGGAGUGUGCUUUGCGGUGCAGGAGCAGCCGGAGCGCAGCGCGGGGAGGCAGGACCGGGCGGAGCCGAGCAGCCCCGGCCGUGCGGGUGGACGCCGGGCCCUGGAACGGAAGGAAAACAUGGAGAAGAAAGGGCACAGAAGGAUCAACAGUGGAAGGUGUCCCACUGCCAUUCAAGAAGAGGCGCUGCGUGCAGAUUCUGUUGUCAGUUCUGAUACCAGCCCCAGCUGCCAUCCUGCUUCCAGGACUGGAUUGCAGAGUAAUAAAUGUGAGAACUAUGGCACUGAGAAUCAUAAUUCCAGAAGAGUCUGUAGCAAAGAGCCACUCGAAGAAUUUCAUUAUAAGUACAACAGCCCAGGAGAGAAUUACUUAAAUCCUAACGAAAGAAGUGCCUUUGUCAAGCUCUGCUUUUUAAAUGACAAUAAAAAUUCUUCACCUUCUUGUUCAAAACCAGAAUGGAUCUGUUCCCAGACAUCGAUUCCAAAAUCCUCUCAUGAUGAACAUGAGACCAUACCAGGAAAAAAGAAUCUUAGGGUUUUCAUGACCUACAAUUCAGACCUUGCUACACCCUCACUCCAUUUCUACUCCUGCAGGAUUUCUGGAAGCAAAUCCUUAAGAAACUUUGGCAGUACCAAAGAAACAAAAUCUGAGAUAUUAAACUCAUCUUUGGAUCAUGCCCUAAGGACAGCAACCAUUUUGAAAGAAACUACUGAUCGAAUGAUUAGAACUAUUGCAGAAGAUCUUGCCAAAGCACAGAGAUGGAGGAAGCAAAUGAAAUACUAGUUCGACCCAAGGCAACUGAGGACUUAAAAAAAAGAAAAAUGCUAAGAAAACUUGAUCUUCCCCCCAAAAGUAUCUUACUAUACAAUUUAGGAAGGUGACUUUUAGAGAAAAUACCAAAACCAUAUGAAAUGGGGGGCACCAAGUGCUUAAAAGGAAAAAAAAAAUGGACCCUUGAUUCUUAAAAUUAAUAUUUAUUUUAAAAUAAAUAUGUUUUUCCUAACUCAUAA